GCGGCUUUUACUGGCAGGGGUCUCGCAGGGCCAGCGAGUUCCCAUGUGCAGCUUCACGAGGAGGAGAAGGGGGCGGGAUUCAGUGGAAAUUUCCACUCUCUGCAGUAGCAUUUGCGGCGACGGAUAAAAGAGGAGGGGAAAGCAAACGGCAGAAAAGGCGGGACAGGCAUCACUACGGGGAAGGGUUGGUACAGUAGGCCUCACUAAACUUAGCUGCAACUAAGAAUUUCUCCUACAUCAACAAAGUUAAUGAUGAUGCUCUUGUGGAUUGGAGAAUAAAAGUGCACACUAAGUAUUUAAGAAGCGGAAAAAAACACAUUUUAUCUUCUCAGAUUUAUACUGCAUCCACUGCUAUCAAGACAGCAAACCAAAGGACAGAUUUUUGAUCCACAGUGUUUGUAAAACUAAACUGAUUUAUCUUACUAAGGCUCGGGGUUUGUGACCUGGACAUCAGCAUUUGGAAGUUACUUGUUUUACAAAAAUGAGGGCGGCUUUGCAACCAGCAGACAUUGCCAUUGUGGCGCUCUAUUUUGUGCUUGUUUUGUGCAUAGGCUUUUUUGCCAUGUGGAAAUCCAAUCGAAGCACUGUAAGUGGGUACUUCCUUGCAGGGCGAUCUAUGACAUGGGUUGCAAUUGGUGCUUCUUUGUUUGUAAGCAACAUCGGAAGUGAACACUUCAUUGGGCUUGCAGGAUCUGGAGCAGCAAGCGGAUUUGCCGUGGGGGCAUGGGAAUUCAAUGCCUUAAUGCUUUUGCAACUCUUGGGAUGGAUCUUUGUUCCGGUCUACAUACAAUCUGGAAUAUACACCAUGCCUGGGUAUUUAUCCAAACGCUUUGGAGGGCACAGAAUUCAAGUAUAUUUUGCUGUUUUGUCUCUAAUUCUCUAUAUCUUCACCAAACUCUCAGUAGAUUUGUAUUCAGGAGCACUGUUCAUUCAGGAGUCAAUGGGCUGGAAUAUUUAUUUAUCAGUGAUACUUUUGAUUGGAAUGACUGCAUUGCUGACAGUGACUGGAGGUCUUGUGGCAGUUAUCUACACAGACACAGUUCAAGCUUUGCUUAUGAUUAUUGGUGCCUUCACACUUAUGAUCAUAAGUAUUAAAGAAGUGGGUGGGUUUGAAGAGCUUAAACGAAGAUACAUGUUGGCCAAACCAAAUGUUACAUCGAUUUUAUUGACAUAUAAUCUUUCCAGUACUAAUUAUUGCCAUGUUGACCCAAAACCUGAUGCACUGAAAAUGUUACGUGAACCAACUGAUGAAGAUAUUCCUUGGCCUGGUUUCAUUUUGGGACAGACUCCAGCUUCUGUAUGGUACUGGUGUGCAGACCAAGUAAUUGUCCAGAGGGUGUUAGCAGCAAAAAAUAUUGCUCAUGCCAAAGGAUCCACUCUGAUGGCAGGUUUUUUAAAACUCUUACCUAUGUUCCUUAUAGUUGUUCCAGGUAUGAUAUCACGGAUAUUGUUUGCAGAUGAUAUUGCAUGCAUCAAUCCAGAACAUUGUAUGAAAGUUUGUGGAAGCAGAGCUGGAUGCUCUAACAUUGCCUAUCCGCGUCUGGUAAUGAAUCUUGUUCCUGUUGGUCUACGGGGCCUUAUGAUGGCUGUAAUGAUUGCUGCACUAAUGAGUGAUUUGGAUUCUAUAUUUAACAGUGCCAGUACCAUCUUUACACUGGAUAUAUAUAAGCUCAUAAGGAAGAAUGCAUCAUCCAGAGAACUGAUGAUUGUUGGAAGAGUUUUUGUUGCUUUCAUGGUUGUAACAAGCAUUGCUUGGGUCCCAAUAAUAGUGGAAAUGCAAGGAGGUCAAAUGUAUCUAUAUAUACAAGAGGUAGCGGACUAUUUGACUCCUCCAGUGGCUGCUAUAUUUCUUUUAGGUGUAUUCUGGAAGCGUUGUAAUGAACAAGGGGCCUUCUUUGGUGGGAUGCUUGGAUUUGCUUUAGGGGCUGCACGGCUGAUUCUGGCAUUUAUCUAUCGUGUCCCUGAAUGUAACCAGCCAGACACUAGACCAUUCUUCAUCAAGAACAUCCAUUACAUGUAUAUUGCUACUGGACUGUUCUGGAUCACUGGAAUUGUGGCUAUAAUAGUCAGCUUUUUGACUCCACCACCUUCAGCGGAACAAAUUCGUACAACUACAUUUUGGUCUACAAAAAAGAGAAUUGUGAAAGAAAGCACAUUAACAAGCACAUAUGAAGCACAAGAGAAGAAUGUGUUAAAAUACGGUGUAAUGGUAUCUUCAAAUGGGAAAUCUGAAGAAAAUGUUAAAAAUGACCAGCCUGAAAAUGUCAAUCUUCUAAUUACUUCCAGAGAUGACAACAAUCCAGUGAUUUCUUUUAACACUGAAGUUGAAACACCAGUUGAUUGUUACUCUAAUGGGCAGGCAGCUCUUAUGGGUAACAAGAAGAGUGAAGAGGAGAUUGGGAGCAGUGACAAAGACUGGAAGUUUAUAGAUUGGUUCUGUGGCUUAAAAAGCAAAAAUGAGAACAAUACGGUCAUCCAAGAUAAGAGGGAAGAAGAGACUAUUUGUCUACAAAUGCUGGAAGAGACUCCAAAAGUUAAAUUAUUACUCAAUGUUGGAUUAUUUUGUGUGUGUUUUCUUGGAAUAUUCAUGUUCGUUUAUUUUUCUUUGUGAACAGUUUUUUAAGAGUGUGGCCUGACAUUCAAAAAACAGACAAACAGGUCCUUGAAGAAAUAUAUAAUUAUGCGUGUUAUAUGUCUCAUAUCUCAGGCUUCCUUUGCAUUAUUGUUUUCAACCAGCUUGAAAAUCAUUACAAAUCCUAUAGCUUAGCGUUUCUAUUUCAGUGCAGAAUGGGGAUUUUAUUCAGUACCAAAAGUUGAAUUUCAAUAUAUCAAAGUAAGAAAUUCGUUUAUUAAAAUAAAAUAAUUACAAUCAUUUGCAAAUGGUCAAGGUGAAACUAGUGUUAAUGUUGGCACUAACACUUCAAAUAUUGGUAAAUUACACAUAUACAGUUAUGAGUCAUCUUAAUAAUUUCUGAUUAUUUUCCUUUUACCCAGUACUCAAAACAUUGUUUUUGACUAGGUUCCCAACAAAUAUCUAAGUAUUAAAACUGAAUUACACAACAAUAAUUCAUAUCAUCUAAAAUUAUUAUGCACCACUGAGUACAAUACUUCCCUUUCUCCAUUCACUAGAUGAAGUAUUUAUCAAUAAUAGCAAGUUUGAAAAAGAAUUCAAAUUAUGCAGAAAAAAAUGGUCCAGUUUACAUCUCCCUAGUUGAUAUUCUGCAUAUUGAUUUAAGUCUCCUUUGCAAAUUAUGCUAUUUGGUGUUACAGUUCAAAUUACUUGGAGACAAAAUGGCAGUCUAAAUGGUGGUAAGACCCCCCCGCAAAUAACCCCCCAAGUAUUUUCAAUUAAAAAUACUUCUUGGGUAUGUUGGGAUAUUUUCCUAAAAUUGAAUUUACACAUUAACAUUGUAGGAUUACAGUGAUUCCUCCAACCUCUUGCAGAAUGAAAAGCAAAAAACAACAACAAUCCUCUAGCAUCUUCUUUGUGAAACCACCCUUGUGAAAUCUUUUUCACAGUGUAAAAAAAAAAAGUCACUGUGAAAUAAGCAAUUUUGUACAAAAGACUUUUUUUAAACUCCUCCUUUUCCAGGUUUGGAAUUUAGUGACAUCAGUCCCCCCCCCAAUCUUUCCAAGAACUCAGAUGGGGGCUUAUGUUCUUCUCAGCCACCAUCAGUGUUCCCUCCAGUGUUCCAACCCUCUCCCCAUGCAUAAGCCAAACAAGCCCUGGGUUGGGUUUUUGUUUUUGUUUUAAUUUGCCUAGACUAAAACAGUGGAAACAUCAUAUUUUAAUUUGGGCUCAGAUAAUGGAAAGUCAGCUGUUCUGUGCUUGGAAGAAUCUCCUGUUCUGAGGCUGUAGUUAUAGCAAAGGCAGAAAAAUUACUCUUAACCUCUUCCCUAUGUCAUGCCAAUUUUUAAUACCCAGUUUGAAAUGGCUGCGUGAGGAGUAAUAGAUGCACUCUCCAUUACAGUGCUGGCAUUCACAGCAUCUAUAGGAUGACUGAAAUGGCAGGGCCAAUGGAAGCAGGAACUGGCAGACAUAAAUAAACUUACGACUUUGGACAAAAAUCUAUCCCAUUCUAUAGUAUCAUUCAUAACUGGCUAGAGGGAAUUUGUCCUUUGUUUAGAAUUGAGCUCACCUCUGCAGUUUUGCAACAAAAUGCAUUCUUGCACUUCAAAGUGGUAAAGUUGUGCCCCAUCAGAUGCUUUGUACUUCUCUUGCUCCCUGGCCUUUGGUCAUGCUAUCUGCAGCUGAUGGAAAUUCAAAUAUUCCAAUAUUGGAGGACCAUAGGUUCUGACUGUAAUCGGAACUGCAGACCUGAAGCAUCUAAUGCAAAAAUACAUUUACUUUCUUUUCUUUUUUAUCUGUACCUUAGAACAGAUUGAGAUUGCAAUGACUAUUGUAACAGCAUAUGAUAAGGUAACCAAAAAUUGACUUGACUCAUUGGCAAUAGCAUAUUGAGUCAUUUUGCUUUAGAAUUUUUCCCACAAGGUCGGUGAAAAAAUGUCAUUUAUUACUGAAUAAUAAAUGACAUUAUUAUGGCAUUAAGUGACAUUUAUUACUGAAUGAUGGAAUUAAUAUGAAAAAUCUAAAGACAUUAAAUUGUGGUUUCACUCUUGAUCACGUGAUAUAAUUUUAAAAGCAGUGUAUGUAUUUUGUAAAUACUGUAGCAAGAUUAUGUUUUUAUUGGCUUCUACCAUGAAUUGAGCUGCUUUCUGUACAGAACCAAAAAGCCUUUUCAAGGCAUGUGUAAUAAAUACUUCUUUGAUGCUAAAAAAAAAUGCUUUAGAGCAGGUAGUGGGAUAUUUUGGUGCCUCACAAACUCAAAUGCAUAUUUUCCUGGCUAUAGCUGCUUUAUAAGCCCAGAAGAAAGUACAGUUUCUUUAAGGAGGUAUUGACCGAUGUGACAUGUAUACUCAUGCUGGCUCCAAAGUUCCUUUUUGGCUUCAGAUCUGAAGUAGUGCACAUCUUUGCCUUCCAUGACUAGAGACCCCAGAUGAUGCUAGUGAUGAAAGGUGGAUUGCUCCUGAGGUAAGGUAGCAUUGCUCUUUCUAGUACUCCAGUACUCAGUAUAUUGAAUGAGUUGCUAGCAUUGACAUGCAGAUUGGCUAGCUCAGGAAUCUAUUUCCCUCCCAUUCCCUCCCAAGGUAUUUCCCUCAAAAUACCUUGAAUAGCCUUACAUUAAAAUAGCAGUGUCCAAUACUCUCACUGUCUUAAUCUUAAAUAAUUUAGUAUGUGUGUGGUAUUAUGAAUACUUAUGGCAGAGUUAAUUCUGAGUCUAUUUGAAAUUGGACCAAUUAACCAGUAAGGGAAAUUUUGCCACAUUUUAAAAAUGUAUGGAUUAAUAUUUGAGAAUUCCAGUUACAUUCCCUUUGCUACUUUAUAUAGUUUAGACUAUAUGAAUGCUAUUCAUACGUUUAGUUUUUUUGUUACGGGCUUUUGUUUGAUUGACAAAAUGGAGAUCCUGAAUAAUGUGUCUCUGCCUUUUGAAUAAGAUUCAGUGUAGUACAGGCAGUCCUUGACUCAUGAUCAUAAUCAGACCACCAUUACAGUCAUAAGUCAUGCUGAUCAUUAACCAGAUCAUCAUAUAACUGACCUGAUUUUACAACAUUUCCUGCAGCAGUUAUUAAGCGAAUUACAAUGGUCAUUAAGCACAUCUGCCACUGUUCAGCAAAUGCUGCGAUCAUUAAUCAACCCAUUGUCUACAACAGGCAUUUUUGCUGGAAAACAGAAGUAAACCUUGGUUUCUGGCAAAAUACAUAAGUUGAGGACCCUGCAGCAAAUGAGUCUAGAAUACAUCAUGCCAUCUCUCUGGGAACAAUAGUUCCCACAGAGGAACUAAUAGUUCCCACUUUGGAAUUAACAGAGAGCAAACAAGCUAUUUGAAUACACUGUGUGCACAAUUAUUGGAAUACAGUAUGUAGUGAAUGAUAUUGUGCUUAUUUAUUGAAAUCUCUUAAAACUUGAAUUGGAACCAGUUUGCAGACAUUUUUAAAAAAUGGUUAUAUAGGACAGAUGGAUGCCGUAGUAAUCAAAUGGGUAAAAGCCAGUUUUUCCAUUUUAAAACAUUUGAGGGGUGGGUGGGUUAUAGUGCAAUAAUCUUUCUAAAGGUACAACCAAUGAUUUUUAUCACCCCUUCCACCUGUAAAAUCAGUGCUACCAGUACUACUUGAUGAUUAACUCUUGAGCUUCUGCUGUGAUGCAGAACAGGAUUUUGGGGCUAUAUGUACCGUGUUUCCCCGAAAAUAGGAAAUGUCCUUAAAAUAAGGCCAAGACUGAUUUUUGGGGUGGGCGUAAAUAUACGCCCUCCCCCGAAAAUAAGCCCUCCAGCAAGUGCAGCCGUUUUUGCCAUGAAUUGCGGCCACUUCUGCUCAGGAGGCCAAGCAAUGUGCCCCAUGUGCCUCGCGGCGGCCUUCCGAAGGAUACUGUAACAACAGCUAUCCAUAAUUUUUUUACCCUUAUUUCGUCCCGACUGUACUGGGCCACGUGGGUCAGGAUGAAAUAAGGGUUAACAAAUUGUGGAUAGCUGCUGCUAUGGUACCCUUUGGAAGACUGGCGCGAGUCUCCUGCUGCAGAAGUGGCUGCGCCUGAGAAGCGCUUUUGGGAGAGAAGGCAAAGGGGAAGCGAUCCCUUGCAAACUCCUGCCAUGCCUGGCAAGAGGGGGAGAAGAGAUGGCAAGAAGAGCGAGCUCUGUCUCGCUCCAUGCCUCUCGCUUCUCCCCCGCCCUACCUGCCAUCCCCCUCGACAAAGAGAUAGCGGGAAAGGGCAGAAGCCAGGCUGCUGUUACCAUUGGGGUGCGAGUUCAAUCAAACUUUUCGAACUUGCAAGAAGUUUGAUUUUAUCCUACGUGUUUGCCUGCAAACAACAGCAAGACACGCGACAGAGCUGAAAGGCAGGUAAGACGCGCGUCUCGUGUCUCCCCGGCCCCUGGCAAGGGGGGGGGAGAAGAGACGGCAAGACACAUCUUCUCCCCCGCCCCACAUGCCACCCCCCUCAAUAAAGAGCCAGGUGCUGUGGAAAAGGGAGCAGGGUGGGCGCAGGCUUUGGGCGUCUGGGGCUGCUGGGGGUUGCCCGGUAGAGAGAUGGGAGUGGGGCGGGAGUUUGCAGGCGAGGGGGAUGGAUAGGAAGCAGGCAAGUGCCCAGCGAACAGGUGAUGAGCAGUUGUGUUGCGCUGCCACAGCAGCGCAACACAGCAGAAGCCAUGAGGUGGCCACGCUUGCUGUCUCCUCCACCCCCAAAAUAAUAAGACCCCCCGAUAAUAAGGCCAAGCCCUUAUUUCGGGGUUCAAAAAAAAUAUAAGACAGGGUCUUAUUUUCGGGGAAACAUGGUAGCUACAGUAUAGGUUGUUUAUAGGUUGUUUACCUUUGGUUAAAUUGUUAAGUGGGCAGUCAGGCCACAAUUUAAUAUUUUGUUUUGUUAAUAAGGGUUGAUUGAAGUAGACUGCAGUCCUUCAAGUUUCUACUUAACAUAGAAAUAUGGUAUCCUCUUAUUGUUUGUGGGGGUUUGCUAACGAGUGUGACAUUUUGGAACGCUUUUAUUGGUUGCCAUGGUCUAAGAUGGUUGUCUAUACUGGGCUGCAUAAUGUUCUAGAAUGUGACAACCCUGUUUUUGUUAUUUGUUUGUAGUAGACAAAAAUCUAAGUGUUACUUCUAGUUUAAUUCUUUUAUAAGUAUAAGAAUCAUAUUUUAACUGAAGUUUCUAUAUUCCUUUAUUCUUACUACUGAACAUUUCUUUUAUAUAAUUCUUCAAAUUAAGAAAGUAAAUGUGUAAUAGCUUGUUAUAGUGCCUUUUAGUAGCAAAGUAUAACCUUGUCAGGUUGCCACAUCUCAUUGUGAUGAAAACAUUUAUUUUUUGCUGACUUCACAUUUCUAUCUAUGCCAUAAAGGAGCACAUAUAUUUUUCUAAGUAGAACUGUAAGUCUAGUCUUGAAGAUGAAUUAAAAAGUAAAUCAUAGCCUACAUUGAUUGUUAAUGGCCAUUCAGUAUUUAUUUUUACAUUAACAGAAGGCAUAGUAUGUACAACACUCUUAAAAAUUAGGGAUGUGUAGCAUUUUAAUAAAGAUGAACAAUCCUAAACUUCUAAUACCACUGCAAAAUCAGUUCUAAUAAAUAACACUAAAUAGGAUUCCAACUUGGAUGAUCAUUUUGACUGCCCUGGAAAUUUUUUUACAUUCCAUGAAUAAGUGUUUGUUGGUCUUCUGAUUAGCAGCGUAGACUCUCUAGCUAAUAACGAUCCUUCUAUUUUGCGGUUUAGUGUACAAUUUCUGAUGGUACUCAAACAAAAAUGCAAAUUUCCCAUGGAUCUGCUUUACUUCUUAACAUCUAAGCAAUUGUCCAGUGUGUGUAAUAGUUUAGAUUUGCCUUCCUCAGUCACGGAGCUGCUGUCUAAUACUGGAAUUCUGGUAACUGUUGUCUAGAACAUCUGGAGAAUUCUGGUUUAGUCUACAUGCAGGAAUGUACAAAAAUUUCUCUUAAUGGAUCCAGCCAGUUGCAUGGGAUUCCCCCCCCCCCCCCCGAAUUUUUGUUACUUAUUGUCUUGUAUAUUAUCAUAGCAGUUGUUCAAGAAUACCUUUUUAAGAAAUAUAAUGGGCUUUUAAUUUGUAUAUUUAACUGUACGGAAAGAUGUAUGAGGGCUUUAUUUUUCUACUAUAUUCAGGGACAUCAUAGCUUCUAUUCUGGAAAAUAUUUUAUUCUCUUUUUUUGCCAAAGUUGUCCUUCCAUCCCAUUUCGCUGCUUUGCUAUACAAAUACAAAAGAAGAUGGUAAACUGACUGCUUCACUUUUCUUUCUAUCAUUUUAAUCUAGUAUUUUAGUGUCCUUGCACCUCAAAAAUCAGAUCUAUUGAAUAAUAUUUUCCUAAAUGGAAAAAAGAAGGGUGUGGGCUGUAGGCUGUCAAGUUCUAAUAAACAGGGGUGUUAAACUCGAUUUCAUUGAGGGCCGCAUCAGGGUUGUAUUUGACCUUGGGGUUGCCAGGGUGGGCGUGACGAGCUCGAUGUCACUCGUGUCGAGGGCCCCUCUGGUGACCUGAGUGCUCUGCCAGCGAAAACGGGCUCCUGAGCUCCGUUUUUGGCUGUGACGGCUUCUUGCAAUCCUCUGCCAGCUCAGGGGGAUGCCUCCCGAGCUCCGUUUUCUCUGGCAGAGGCACCGUGAGCCAGUCCUUUGCUGUUAACAAGGCAGCCCCGCGGGCCAGAUCUAAGCACUCGGGGGGAAGAUCUGGCCCUCAGGCCUUGAGUUUAAAACCCCUGUAAUAACUAUACUUGUCAAAAAACAAUGAUUUAGUAGCAUACCUUUAUUUUAAAUUAUUAACCUAAGGUAAAUUAUUAUGUUUUGUAGGCAUUGUCUACAAGAGAGACUCUUCCCUCCCCCAAAAACUGCAUACUGAAUUCAUAAAUUUAGUUUUUUAAGGAAAAUUUUAAAUUAUGUAUUUGAAAUUAGGAACUUAAUUGUUCGGUAUACUGUGUAUUCUGUGCCCUUAACGUUUUUAAAAUAAAGCUAGUAUUAUUAUAUGUGAUGUUAUGAAUUAAAGGUGAGUAAAGUACUUAAAACUUUUUCAAGAAAAGUGUAUAAUUCACUGGUGUUUAAAUGUAUUUUUGUUAGCUUUAGAAUAGUUGAAAUGUAAGUACAUAUAAUUAAGGGUCCUUAUUUCACAGUGUUUUUUUAACCUUGCUUACAAAAUAGCACACUCAUAGGUAUACACACACAGAAACAGACACACACGCACACACCACAUAACUCUUUCUGGAAAUGUUUUGUUUUUUAAAAAAUACUUCAUUUUUGUUCUGAUUUUGUGUAAAAUGUUCCAUAGUGCUCUAAUGCACUAUGUAAGAUUCUUCAUGGGCAAAGUCAGGUACUGAGCAAUGACGGCAAUGACAUAAGACAGUCAUUGUUUACAAACACAUACGAAAGUGUUCAUGAACACAUGCUUUUAAAUGAGGUGGUUAUAAAAAUAGUUGCUGUGCAAAAAAAACCCUAGUAGUCUUCUUCAAGAAGAAAGCAAGUUCUUUUAUUAAGUAAAUACCUUUUUCUUCAUCCUUUAAGUUUUAAAUACAGUGUCAGUGUGAUGCUAAUUUUUCUUUCACCUUUGGAUAUAUAAGUAUACUUUUUUAAAAAAUGUUUGGUAUCUUGUUUUUGUUGCUGUUGUAUUUUCUACAAUGUGUGUAAAUUAGAAGUCAAUAGUUUUUUAAAACAUUUCACAGAGCAAAAAAAUAAAAUGGUAAUGUGCAACAUAUCAAGUGUUUAACCUUUAGGGGAAAAUGAACCAACUAAGCAUAAAUAUGUAUAAACUUCUAGAUGUCUUAAAUAUAAAAUCUUAAAUGCCCAUGAUCUGUCGCUAAAAGAUAUGUUAUUCAAUGAAGUAGAAUCAUUACAGUAGGAAUAUAGAUCUAGAAAUAUUAAGGAAAUGAAUAUUUCUUGAUGGAGCAUUGCUAUGAUCUUUACCACAGUUUGUCAUGGAAUGAAUGGCUUAAGUAUAGAACAUUGUCAAUAUGAUAUUGAAGAAAACUGUUGAAGAACUCUGUUACGCUAGUUGUAUGUAUAUUGAUUGUUGUAUACUGUAUCUGUAUUUUUGCCUCCUGAAUUAGUCUUCAACAUGAAACUCUUAUUAGAGUAUUUGUAUAAUUAAAACUGUAUUUCUUGCAGUUUACAUUUUUUGAAUAUAGAAUUUUGUCCUGUCCAAGUUACUGUGUGGAAAUGUUUAAAACUUAUGUACAAAGUUUAAAUAAAAAGUACAAAGAUGCAAGUAUUUCUGAAAUGAUUUUAGAAGUUUAUGAAAUAAACUUAGUAGGUAAAUAUU